GCUCUUUGGCUCAAUCGUUUGUGGUGGUCGUAUAUUGGCCCAUUGCUAGCGUUGUGUCACGUCUCGAUGACUUUUUCGUGUUUUCUGAUUAUAUUGGCGACGAUUGAGCGUUAUUUGAUAACACAAAAAGCAAAAUGCUUACAAAAAUUUCGACAGUAUCGCCAAGCGCUCGCCAUGUUCAUGUUCACUUUGGCGUUGGUGGUGAUGCGAAAUGGGAACUGUACGGGUCUCACUGAGUUCGAACCAAUGCUGACGUCUCUCGUCUCAACGUGGCUUUACGGCACCAUUUUUCGUUUCUAUUUUCGGAAUAUAUUAACUGUUUUUGUGCCAUUCUUUUUGUUGGCCUACUUGAACGUGCGCAUUGUUGCGACACUACGGGCACAGCAAAGGAAAGCUGCAAUGUUCAAAUUUGCUUGCAGCGAACAUAAGAUGAAAAUUCGUUCAGCAACUCGUUUAACCGUUUUCAUUGUGUGUUCGUAUCUGAUGGCAAAUGUCUUGAACGUACUCAUCACAGCGUGGGAGUACGUGGAUUUCGAGUCAGCCGUCACACCUGAUAAUUUUUGGAUUUAUGAGACAUGUACCGAUGUAAUCUCAGUUCUUUACGUGUUCACAUGUGCCACUCGCCUUCUCGUUUAUAUGUUGUGCAAUAAGGAAAUUAGAAUCGCUAUCAAUCAGCAGAUGUGUUGUUUCACCAACUACGAACACGGCAAGUAUCGAUACAUCGAUGAACGUCAUCAAACGUGA